UUGAAAUGCUCAUUCGAAUGCUUCUCAUGGUGCCUAUUUCAGAAGCACUUUGACGUCGGAGAUAGCAGUUUGGACAGUGUUGGAGAUGUGCUGUUGAAGUUGAAGAAGCUAGCCCAUCAAAGAGCCUUCGGGAAUCGAGAGUUCGGGCAUGAUGCCGAAGAAGAUUCCAAGAAACCUGUGGCAAUCAGUGUUCUGCAGCCAACCGUGGCAAAGGAUGUCAGCCCAUAUCUCUUCGAAGGAGACAUCUUCCUGUCGAAAAAACAGGCGAUCAACAUUCUCAAGGAGGUGUCAGGGAUAGAAAGCAAAUCAAAGUCGAAUGUUCGUGGUCGUCGAUCAUUCGAUGCAAGCCCAGAAUCAAAGUGGCCAACGACAGCACCGAUUAAGUAUCGAUUCCAUGAAAGUAUUGACUUCUACGCGGUUUCGAAUAUAAUCAAAGCGAUCCGAUACUGGGAAAACGUGACAUGCUUAGAGUUCGAAAACUCCCCGGAUGUGGCAGAUAACGAAGACUUCAUUGAGUUUUUCCAAGGACAAGGAUGUUACUCCAUGAUCGGAAGAAACGGCGGCAGACAAGGUGUGUCGAUUGGAGAGAACUGUGUUAAGGCUGGUGUCAUCGAGCACGAGAUUGGCCAUGCGAUUGGAAUGUGGCAUGAGCAAAGUCGUCCUGAUGCUCAAUCCUACAUCAAAGUGGAAUCCGACUUUAUUCUUCCUUCCUACGUAAGCGACUUCCUUCAACGUGACAAGGAUAUCGACACUCUGGGACUACCGUAUGAUCUCGGUUCAGUUAUGCAUUACGGUAGCACGGCAUUCAGUGUAGACCAAUCUAGCAAAACGCUGAUAACACGGGAUCCUCUUUAUCAAAGCACAAUCGGUCAACGAGAGACCCUAUCAUUCCUCGACAUCGAGACGAUAAACAAGGCCUACUGUUCAGGUAAA